AUGGAAGCUGCUAAAACUGGGCAUGAUCUCAGGUUACCCAUUUUUACUCAUGUUGCCGAUAGUCAUGCUCCGAUGAGGAAAUCAAGAAUUAAAGGGGUCCGUUCUCCCUGGAUAAACGCACAGCUAUCUGAAGCCAUGCACCAACGAGAUUAUUACCAUCGUAAAGCCCUGAAAACAAAGUCUGCCAAUCAUUGGUCACGCUAUAAGGAACUUAAGAACUACGUAAAUAAGGAGACAAAGAGAUGUAAAUCGGAAUACUAUUCUAAGCUUAUUACCGAAAACAAAUCUAAUCCAAGUGCAUUAUGGAAAACUCUAAACGACAUAACAUCUCGCAAAGAAAGAACUCCCAUCUCCUGCAUUGAGGCCGACGGUGUUCAAUACUCCAGCAAUAAAUCUAUCGCCAAGAUUCUGAAUGAACACUUUUCAACAAUUGAACUAAAUUGGCGCAAAAGCUCAAGUCUUGUGGAUCCCACAUGUACUCGGCGCCUCCGGUAAACUCGAAUCUACCCCAUGAAUUUGCUUUCGAGCCAAUUACGGAAGACUUCGUUCUUCGUCAGCUUAAGCAGCUCAAAACCAAUAAAGCCAUUGGCCUAGAUAAUAUCAGUGCUCGUCUACUGAAAGAUUCAGCCUCAGUAAUCAGUGCCAGUCUUACUAGAUUAUUUAAUCUUUCCCUGGAAACUCGCACCUUUCCUUCUCUUUGGAAAUUUGGAAAAGUGGCAGCGUUAUUCAAGAAAGGUGAUCGCUGUGAUGCUAACAAUUACAGACCCAUUACUGUGCUGCCAACGAUCAGUAAAAUUCUAGAAAAAGCCGUGCACACCCAACUGUACGCUUAUCUUAAAAACAAUGGUAUCCUUACAUCUAAGCAAUUUGGGUUCAGGCCGAAGUUAUCAACUGGAACAGCCCUAUCUCAUUUCACAGACAAUAUCCUCCAGAAUAUGGACGCUGGUUCCUUUACAGGUGCUGUUUUUCUGGACCUGUCUAAGGCCUUCGAUACAGUGGAUCAUCCCCUGCUGCUGCAAAAAUUGACGCACAUCGGUCUUACCACCUCUACCACCCAGUGGUUUAGAUCGUACCUCACAAACAGAUCUCAAAUUACAUCAGUUGGAGAUGCUCACUCUGCAUCUACCGAAAUGCCUAUUGGAGUACCCCAAGGAAGUAUAUUGGGACCUUUAUUGUUUCUAAUUUACGUGAAUGAUCUUCCGGACUGUCACCUGGCAAGCGAUAUUAUUCUUUAUGCAGACGAUACAGUACUCUAUUACUCAUCCAAAAGCAUCAGUGAUCUUGAACAUCACAUCAAUGCUGACUUGGGGACAGUGUCUGAGUGGUUCUCUAGAAAUCUCCUGACACUAAAUAUAUCCAAAUGUAAUUUUGUUAUCUUUGGAAGUCCUCAGAAACUGAAUCGUAUUCAAGGCAUUUCGGUUAAAGUAGAGGGCACUAGCAUUGAAAGAACACAAUCAUUCAAAUACCUAGGCGUAACGCUUCAACAGUCUAUGUCCUGGGCAGAUCACGUCGAUGCUAUCAGCAUGAAGAUUAAUCAGAGAAUAGGCCUAAUUAGGAGAAUCAGGAAUCUAUUGCCGCUACAAGCUAGAGUUGCCUUGUACAAUGCCCUAAUCCUCCCUCUUUUGAUUACGGAGACGUUAUAUGGGGACAAAAACAAUGACACCAUCAUGUCAGAAUUACAGAUUCUACAGAAUAAAGCUGCUAAAGUUAUGCUGGGGCAACCACCCCGAAGCUCGUCAACUGAAGCACUGAAAAGUCUAGAUUUGAAGUCGCUGUCCACAAGAAGGUUUUUUUUUCAUCGCUGCAUUGCAAUCCACAAGUGUCUUAUUGGAGAAACCGAUUUCAGCUUUAAUUUUACUAAAAGUCAAGCUGUUCAUUCAUAUAAUACAAGACGCUCCAAUGAUAUUCGCUUACCCCUACCCAGAACAAACUGGGGUAAACAAACUUUUAUUUUUCACGCCGCGAAAGACUGGAACAGCCUUCCAAAUGAUUUAAAAGAGUGUAAUAUUUUAUCUAUUUUUAAAUCCAAGUUAAAAACUUUUUUAAAAGAUCUCAGCUAAUUUUAAACCUUGAUGUUUUUUUUUGUAUAAUCGAUUUUAAGAUUUUAAAUUUUUAAAUGUUUUACUUGUAAACAUAUUUUACUUUUUUCGUAAUUAUUAAUUAAUUAGUUAGAUUAAUGCAUGAGGGCCCCACUGAAAACCGCCUUGGCGAGUUGGGCUCCCUCUAUAAAUAUUAUUAUUAUUAUUAUUAUUAUUAUUAUUAUUAUAAACCUUGUUUGCCCCAUAAAAUUUUGCAUAACUUUUUUUUAAUACCCUUGGGUAGAAAUUGAAGACAAUACUCAUGCAAUAUUUUUGGGGCAAACAAGUUGUAUUAUGGGAGAUGUGCAAAUGGCGAACAACGUUUUUCUUUGGAAUAUGGCAUUUUUAAUGGAAAAUGGAUUUGAAAACGUCAAACAGAUAGUUCUUGUUCUUUCCUUCUUUAUAAAGUCGCAGAAGUAGGAAAAUAAGCUCCAGUACUGAGGCCCUAGACACCACGCAGUACUGGAGAGCGAACUGCUUCACAGUAUAGCGUCUCCCAAAAAUUGUCCGUUUUAAAAUGUUGUUUUGAAGAAAAUACGCCUUGCACAGAUGAGGCCAGAAAAGAAGAAAUCUUGUUCACCUUACACGUUUUGCACCCCAUUCUGAAAUUGGGGCGGUUUGUAAACACUUGUAGGUCAAUGCUGGAAAUCUUUUCAAGGCGGCUAAUUCGGGAAAUUUUCCCCUUCCACGAAUGUUUUUUACUUCGCCCAAUCUACACCCUCCUUCCCCCCAACCUCCACCCCAUAACUUUUGCGUUUCUAAUCCUCCGUCCCUAAGACCUGCUUCAACUCUUUUGAGGGAUUUUUCGUACGGAUACUUUAAUAUGGGGAAAUUGGGUAUUGAAUGUAAACGAAUGUCAAGAAAAACAUCUGCUAAAACAGCAUUUGUCCCUAGAAUUAUCCUCCUUUCUUUUGUGUUUUUCCCUAACCUUUUCAUGCAAUGGUUACAAUAACAAACAAUAAAAAGAUGGUAAGAAAAGUGGAAAUCUGUAUCUCUUGGACUGAGAACUGCAUCAAAUGUUUUCUUUAUUUAGUUCCCAGAGAGAUUAAGGCACAAGGACCAGAAGCAAAGCUUGCUUAUCGAAAUGCCCUGAAGACUGGAAAGGUUAAAGUGUACCGUGCUCGAAUCAUGCUGAUCGGUCAAGAUCGAGCAGGCAAGACAAGCUUAAAAAAAUCGUUCUUAGGUCUACCAUUUGACCCUGAGGAAGACAGCACCGAUGGAAUUGAAGUUGAUCCAUCAAAAUUCGAAGUCGACAUCGAUCAAGUAAAGAACUGGAAACGCACCGAUAAAAAGCUAAGUGUGUCUCAAUUUGCCUUGGAUCUUGCAAAAAUGGUGGCUAAAGAAAUACAGGAACGAGGUAAAGACAAAGAAGAAGAUGAUGAAGAGAACGGCGUCGACGACUACGACUACGAGAAAGAAGGAAAAAAACAAAAAGCAAAAAACUCAAAGCUGGAUUAUCCUGAUAAAGAUACAAACAAACAGAAAAAAAUGGGUCAGGUUAGUGACCAAAAAACAACCCUAAAUUAAAAUACAAACGAAUCAAACCAGGAAGGCACAAAAAAAAAAGAAAAUCAGCAACAACAAUAAGAAAUUCUUGAUACCUUAACAGACUACAUGAUAAAAAUUUCACUGGUCUAAGUAGCUGUCGAGUUUUGUAGUUUUUUGGCGACGAAGUCGCUAGAAGGUUUGGAUUUUCCCUCGAGGCGUCUUCCACGAGCUUCUACGUGGCAGCAAGAAAGUGCCCCGGGCAUAACAAUCCUGCCAGCUACACAGGCUGAAAAUUCACUUGCUUGGUUAUCUUCAUCCAAGUGCAAAUAACCUGCUGUGGACUAGAAUAGCAAAUCACCAGACACUAUUACUGGAUCGUUUAUAUACGUUGUGGUUCAACUUUUAUCCUUGGUUUAAACUUUGUUUUAAACUCAUUAUCAUACAUUACCAUACCCAAAGACAAAGGGAAUCAAAUUUAAACCAAGGAUAAAUUUGAACCACAACAUAUGUAUACAUGUAUGUGAAAAAGCAAUUUGUCAGUAAUCUGUUAACCUGAAACGACUAAUGUAUUUAUUUUUAUCAAAACUUGUAGUCUGGUCUUAACUCUCCUGGAGAACCUCGAUUGUCAAAACCGCCAGUGGUUAACUCCCAGAUGAAUCAGGUAAAUAUAACGUUUCUCUGGUUGUAGCCUAAAAUUCUCUAAACCUGAAUUCAUUAUGAACUUCCGUCAAAAGAAUUCAAGAAAGGGAAGUUUUUACACACACCAGCCCGGGUUUCAAUUUUCAAUUUGGCUUAGCCUUUAUCAGAAGAUAACGGAAAAUAUGAUGACUAGAAUGUAAAAAGAAAAGAAAUAUUUAGCGUUGUUGCAGAUCCAGUUUUCUGUUUUUCUUUCUCUUUUUUGCGAUGUUUUUCGAAAACAGGUAUUCAGUAGGACAGUCUCUCUCCUCUUCUGACUUAUAGGUUUGAUCAUUGCAGAUUAGGCUUUAUUGUACCAAGGCGCCCUCACUAUCCAUGACAGUAAGGCGAAAGGAAAGUGGGAAUUGUAAUGAUUGUGAGUCGUCUCUUAAGAAACUAUCUCCUGAAAACUUUCUUUCAUCUUGGAGUAAAAGAAGGGGAAAAACAAAGUGUUGUGUGGCCGGGAAUGUGGCUUUUCUUUAAAGCAAAAACUUAAUGAGCCUACGUAUAGUGUACGUUAAAGAUUUUGGGUAACAGUGUUAUUUUUUUCUGGCUAACUCCAAGCACAUGAAUUUUAUUCGGUUAUAGCCUGCUGUACAAUAAACGUCGUGUUUUUACAAGUACAAAUAUGUACCCAGGUGUAUUUACAAAGCAAGUGCCUUAAAAGCAACUCGCUAACUUCUUAUCUAACACUUGACUUUAAAUUUUGACGUGUUAUUAUGGAGAGUUUGGUGGCUAUAAAUAGGAGCUAACCAUUUUCAAAUUAAUGUCUAUUAAGAGAGGAUCUUGUGCUUAUCUAUUAACAUUACAGGUCAGUGCUCCACCCCCAAUAGCUAUUUUUUGCUUAUUCAGAGCUUUAUAUUCCUUGUGUAUUUACUGUAAUGAGUAGUAUAAUGAAUUACAGUGUGUAAACUUCACAUAGUUUUAACUCUUCGUCUACCAUUGUUACCUUACCAAGGGUACCUCGCGCUUUGCUUAUUUCCAGUUGUCCAUCUGGCGCGAUCUCUCGAAGUGUGUCUUGAAAUUAUAAACAUGUUUAAAAACUGGAAAGGCUGCCGUUAUCAGGGAAAGAUUCACUUGGGAACACAGUUGCAGUACAGUUUGGUACUAACAGAUAUUAUGUUGAAAUAUCUCGUGUAUCAAUAUACACACACGAUGAUACAGAAUAUCGGCCUUUUGCUUCUGAGAGAGACAAACUGAAGGACCGUCGCUUGCAAAACGCCCCUUUGUACAUAUUUUGUCAUAAUUGUCCAAAAGGUACAUGUUAACCAAUUUAAACACUUGAAACAAUUUAGGAAACAUCCAGGAAUGCCAGAAAAGAGACAAAAACAGCAGCCCCAGGCGUUGAUAUAAAACAUCGACGCUACUCUGCCCCCAGAAGAAUUUACGGAUUAUCUUGA